AUGGUCGCCAAACACCAUGAAAGUGGUCUUCUGGAAGCCGGCAACUUUGGAGAGAGGCCAGCGGAGAUUCCACGGAGCUGCCUAGCAAGAAUACUUGUGUUGUCAUGGAGCAUAAUCUUCGUUUUUGACAGCUUGGCUGGCGGCAGCCGAGCGUUCUGUACGGGCUACGCCUGCUGGCCACAAAGUUCGUGUGCUACGCUGGCAGUCCAUCUCAACCGCCCAAAGCUGCCACCCAGAACUAUCAGAGCAGUACGGGAGCGGCGACGCGGAACGUCAAACUCCAAGAACCGUGGACCGGAUUCUAGGGUGUUGUUGUCCAAGAUCUCCAACGCUGGAUCUGCAGCCGCAAUCCUCAAACUUGUGGGCAGGGAAGUGGAUGGCGAGGUCUUCAAUGACUUUCACCUGUCAGCAGCAUUUACUCGGUUAGCCAGAUUCAGCCGGCAGCGAAAGAUCAGGCGAACAGAUGCGGGUAGCCCAGUUUGGCUAAGACUUGUGGCGCGGUUGCAGACCAUGCUGCAAGAAGACAUGGUAGAUGCCCGUGGUGUGGCAAACGUCUUUUGGGCAAAUGCUGAGCUCCAUGGUAAAGUUGUUGGGUUGCUUCCUUGCGUGAAGAGCACUGUGGAGUACAUGCCUGACAAGGUCGAGGAGAUGAAGCCUCAAGAGCUCUCAAACAGCUUGUGGGCAGCUGCGAAGUUGCAGGAUGAGUCGCCAGAGGUGUUGACAGCUGUGCCUGCCAUCUCGCAGCACAUACCUGACAAGGUAGAUGGUAUGAAGCCACAAGAACUAUCAAACAGCCUAUGGGCAGCUGCGAAGUUGCAAGAUGCAGCGCCAGAGGUAAAAAAAUGCGUGCAUGCAAUCUCGCAGCGCAUACCUGACAAGGCCGAGAUGAUGCAGCCUCAGCAUCUGUCAAACAGCCUGUGGGCAGCUGCGAAGUUGCAAGAUGCAGCGCCAGAGGUAAAAAAAUGCGUGCUGGCAAUCUCGCAGCGUAUACCUGGCAAGGUCAAGGAGAUGCAGCCUCAGCAUCUGUCAAACAGCCUGUGGGCAGCUGCGAAGUUGCAGGAUGAGGCGUCAGAGGUGUUGACAGCCGUGCCGGCCAUUUCGCGGCACAUACCUGACAAGGUAGAUGGCAUGGAGCCACAAGGGCUAGCAAACAGCCUGUGGGCAGCUGCGAAGUUGCAAGAUGCAGCGCCAAAGGUAAAGAAAUGUGUGCCGGCAAUCUCGCAGCGCAUACCUGACAAGAUCGAGGAGAUGCAGCCUCAGGAUCUGUCAAACAGCUUGUGGGCAGCUUCCAAACUGCAAGGUGCAGCACCGGACGUGCUGACGGCUGUGCCGGCCAUGUCUGGACGCGUGCCACACAAGGUGCACGACAUGCUUCCAUGGCAUCUCUCGAGUUGCCUGCUUUCAGCUGCCGAGUUGAAAGAUGUUGCACCGGAGGUGCUGUCGGCUGUCCCAGCUGUUGUGCAGCAGAUAUCUCACACGGCAGACGACAUGACCUCACAUCAACUGUCGAACAGCUUGUUGGCCGCUGCAACAUUGCAGAAUGCAGCGCCAGAAGUUCUAAACGUGGUGCCAAUCAUUACUGAACGCAUAGUCCACUUGAAGGGCAUGAAUUCUCAGGACUUAUCCGACAAUUUGGCUGCGAUCGCUCUUUUGCGAACUGCAUCACCCGGAGCUCUUGCGGCCGUGCCGGUUCUUGUGAAUCAAAUUUCAGCGCAGGUGGCUCUGAUGAG